ACUGGAUUGAUUUUAUGCAAUGUAUUCAUAGAUCAGAUUAUGUUAUCAAUUGCUUGAUUUCAGGUCCCCCAGAUUGGACACAGAGUCUCGUAGUAAUACCAGAGCUGAACCAGGGGUUCAGUGACCUCUCUGAUGGAUUCGCCAAAAUAUCCAACAACCAUCUGAUCAGAGAGAGAUCAGGAAUCACCGUGACUGAUGCUGCCCGCUGGUCAUCCGGAAUGACAGAAGGAAAGCAUGUCUUUGAGGUGAAGCUACAAUGAUCUCAUGAUUACUAUUUGAAUUUGUAUGCUGAUGUUGACAUUUAAAAAAAUGGGUACUUCACUUUUAAUUCACCGCAAAAAUUUAUUAUUAUUCAAGUCAUCCGCUAAUGUAGUGGCCAAAUUUGAACAAUAUCGUCUUGAAUGGCGUUGAAUAGCCUACAUUCAAACCAUUGCCAUUUGCAUUAACACGUCGAAGCAAAAUGAACCCACACAUAUAAGUAUAAGAAUUGAGCAUAUGUCUGUGUGUGCCAUUGUUUCUCUCUUUUGCCAAUUUUCAUAUAUUUUCGAUGCGUUGAGUUUUGGCAUGCUGUUAACUUUGUGGUUGUGAGCACAUCGUCUGACAGCAUGUAUUAUUAUAAUAUUAAUUGUGUUGUAGAAAAAAGUUACAACUGACGUCAGUGUGAACAAAUGCAGAAAUUGUCAAAGAAUCCAUGGUGUCUACAGAAGCAGUUGUAUUAAAUUGAACCGCUUAUAACUGCAUAGACAUAGAAUAGCAGUAUUGUUAAUUUUUUGUGUGAAUUAAUUAAUUAAACUUAAGUACCAAAAACUGAAAUGUGAAGGAGUUAUUUUAUUCAAAAAUAUUGAUAACAUAUAAAAAUGUAUAUGUUGGUCAUUUAUAAAUUAUUUGUUUUGUGGCUGGGUUUGGGGGUAGGUGGGGCUGGGUAGAAUCUGAAAAGAGAUCUUAAAAGUAAUAGUUUUGUGUAAAAGUACUAAAGUAGUUAGUUUUUAGUUAUAGCAUUCAAAAGACAUGUUACUGCUGGGCCGGGUGUCCAGCCCUAAAAUAUUUACCAAGCAUUUAGUCCUCUUUCUCGUCUCUGUUUAUGGUAUUCUCUUUUAUAUAAAUUCAUCAUGAGUUUUGCUUUUUUAAAAGUAGUUUUAAUUAAGUAAAUAAGGAAUAAAGGUUUUUGUAUUUACUAGAGACAGUGUAUGGACUACUUUUGUGGUAGGCCUACUGAUUACUGUCAAUGUAAAAGUAAUAAGAAAAACAGAUUGAGUACCUAGUUAAGUAGGCAUAUAACAUAAGAAUAUGAAAUAAAUUUCAAGCAAAUUGUGAAUUUGUAAUACAAAUUUUUCUAAUGAUUUUGACAAAUAUUAAUAAAUUCAAUUUUGUUUUUACAACAUAGAGAACAAUUAAUUAUAUUAUUAUUAUAUAAAUGUAUUGUAUAAAAUAUUAUUUGAUGGCUAAAAUAAAUUAUUUUAAUAUAUAAUAUUAUAUAUAUUGUAUAUAUUGUUAAACCCUAUAUGUUAAAAUAAUGUUUGAAAAAAAAAACACUUAUUUCCAGGUGUACUGGCCAGAAGCUAAUAACAGAGGUCAUUGUUCAUGUAUUGGAGUGGGUUCUACAGAUGUUCUUUUGAAACAGAAAGAUCGAGUCAGCCUAGUAGGUCAACACAGCCAGACCUGGGGUUUGGACCUCACCAAGAGGCGCACCUUAAAUCGAGACAAAAUGGAGAAAAGACUUGAUGCAGCGAUCCCUGAAAGGUGAAAGUUUUUAAUAAUAUCAUUUGGCAUUGACUAAAUUCAUUUCACUUCUUUUAAACCCUUUUUUAAUUGCUUACUUAGUAAUAGAAACAUUCAUUUAAUGUUAUUUAAAUGUUUGUAAAAAAAUUGUUUAUAUUGUGUCCUUUGGACCUAAACAAGUUACUAUAUUUUUUUAAAUGUUAUUACAGAUAGGUCAUUUACUUUUUCUAAGUAAUUGUGUACUAGAAGGAACAUUCAAUACAUAGAAUUUUUUUUAAUUGAUAUAACAUUUUUAAGAUGUCAAGAAAAUCAUUAGUCAGAAAAGAAAUAUUUUUAAUUUCAUUAUGCUUCUAUAGAUUUUAUAUGUAUGUGGACAUGGAUGGUGGAAACAUUGGUUUUGGUGCUGAUGUUGCUGUCUAUUCGAGAGCUGCUGAGUUUUUUGGAAACAUUCUGACCAACAUUCCCAAGAACAAGUCCCGGCCCUUGCAUGUGAUGGUCAGCUCAUGUGCACCCAAAGAGCAGAUGCAGGUCUACUACAAGGGGUCAGCAAGUAAGAGAAUAAGCAAGAAAUAAGUUAAAAUAAUUGUGCUACAAAGAUGGUUUUUUGUAUAAGAUAAGAUUACUAAUUUGGUAAAGAAAGAUUUGAUGUGUAAUUCAUGCUUAGUUGUGUAAUUUUUGAUGUUAUUUCAUUUUCACAAAAGACAGACCUCUUGUUGUCUUAUUGCCUCACUAAAAGAAAUUAUUCAUCCAGCUUUAAUCUAUUAUUAUAGUCAUCAUAAAAUCCUCAUCUCUCAGAUAUGGAAGACUUUUGUCAGCAUUUCAUGGGAUAAAAAGCUGCCUCAACCUUAUUGAAAAAAAACAUCCAAACAAAAUAAACAAAAGUAACAGAAGAAAAAUAAUGUUUACAAUGUUUUAUUCUUAAUUUAUUACAUUAUGUAAAAAUACAAACACUCUAUAUCUAGGUUAGUGGUUUUCCAAAAUGUGUAUGCGGGUAUGCGGUGGGCCAUUUGGGGAUAUAUGGUGGACCGCUUAGGAAUAUGCGGUGGACCGCUUCGGGAUAAGCAAAAACUAUAUUGUUGAUGAUAUCAAAUGUAAAAAAUUGAUUUUUUUUUCAAUGAUUUUCAGUUACAAGAGGCUAUAUUUUAACAUUUAAUUGUGUAUUUGACAACUAAUUUUAUCCAAAAAUAUAUUGCUUUAAUAAAAAUUAAUAAUAAGAACACUGUAUUUUUGUAUCAUAACAAGCCACGUUGAUAGUUUUUAUUAAUCCCCUCCUCCUCCCCCCUCACCGGUUUUAUGGACAAAUAUUAAAUUGCAAUGUUUAUUUUUUAUGUUUUUUUCUACAAAAUUACCGGAAGCCAUUUUUUUUAAGCUUGUCGAAAGAACUUUUUCAUCUUCAUGUCGAAAAGGAAUUAAUAUUGCAAUUAGCUUGCUGCAGCCUCUGAUUUGAACCCCUUUUUAAGAAAACUAGAGGCCAUGAAAUAAGCUCAAGGAAAAAUUAAAAUUAUUAUGAGCCACAUUGGACCACUUGGAAAGAAGAUAAAUAGCUGUUGUUUUUUUUAAAAGAAAAUGAGUAAUUAUUGUUAUUUUAUUAAAAGUUAAUGGUAACAUUUUUUAAAAUAUUAUUUUUUAGUUGUAACAAAAAAAGCGUAAAAGAGAAAAUUAAAGACGAGAAAUGUCAUUAGCCAUAUCUGCUUUAUUUAAUUAUUUAGCUUAUCUUUUUUUAAUGCAAUUUUUAGGAUUGAGUGGGGGUAGGUAAUGGGGUAAUGAAAAGUAUCAUCAAGGAUUUUGGGAGAAAAAAAAGUUAGGAACCACUUUUCUAGCCCCAUGAGUCAUACGUGAAUGAAUUUAGAAAGCAAAAGAAUGAAAAGUGAAUUAAUUAAUGGAUGAAUAUCAUUCUGCCAGAGGUGGAUAAAAUAGAGUUGAGUAGAGUUUUACAGCAGUGGGUUUUUUUUUUAAUAAAAGAAAGUGUUUAACUUUGUGGUACUUGUGAAUUUCUUUCAGCACCAUUUGGUGGCUUUGAUUUAUGUGCAGCAUACACGAUAAACAUAUCCAUCCAAAUGAGUGGAGCUAUGAAUACAAUGACUGCUCCCAAUAUGAUGAAAUGUGCCCCAAUGAGCACAGCCCCACCAAUGUAUCAACAGAACACAAUGUAUGCUCCCAGUCCCAUGAAUAUGGGCAUAAUGAACACUCCCCCACCAAUGUAUCAACAACAAGUUGCUGUAAACAUAGAGAAAGGUAAUCUUGAGCUGAUUUACAGUUUACUAUUAUUAUUGCGUAUAAAUGAUUUUUAAAAAUUAUUUACCUUUGACAUGUUAAGACCUUAAAUUUCAGAGUCUUAUGUAUUGCUUAAGUAUGACAAUAAAUCUAUUCCAUUUAAAAUAUUCCCUGAUUCUAAAUCUUUUGUCUUAUCCAUAGAUAAGAUGAAGGGCACUAAAAUUAUUUUUCACAUAUAUAUUUGUGUAAAUUUUUGUUAUUAAAAUGGUAUGUUUUGUUUACAUUUCCCUUAAAGGCUCACACCCACACAUUUGUUUACAUUUUCCUUAAAUGUAAAGCAAUAUUUUUAUCCUUUAAUAACAACAAGAUGUAAAAUAUUAAUUAACAAACCAUAAAAAUAAAUAAAUCCUUGUUUAUUGUUUCAAAUAAUAUACAUUACUGAAUAUUUUAGUUUCAGAGAGACCUUCAGAAUCUCCUCCUCCAUAUACAGAAACCAUUGUUACUCCUGGUCCAGCAGACUAUAUGAAUCCAAAAUCAAAAGAAAUUUUUGCUUGAUCUUGGAAUGAAAAGAUGGAAAAAAUAUUUCACUUGCUCAUUUUCACUCAGUACAAUCAAUAAUAGCACAUUAAUAUUGAUAUUGUAUUUUAACAACUUGUGGUUUCUUUCACUUAUGGCAGUGGUUCCCAAACUUUUAAGUUUAGCGGACCAGUGAACAAGUUUCGAAAUUUUACCAGGGACCAGUGCAUGAUUUAUUUUUAUACUUUUAUUUCUAUUUGACAAAAAUAUUUAUGUUAUGGGGACUGACAGUGUAAGGCAUGAGGACCAGUGAAGGUCCACGGACCGCCAUUUGGGGACCACUGACUUAUGGCAUCACAUUAUUAGAAGUAAAGCUUACAAAACUUUUUGUGUUAAAUAAAAAUCUUUAUAACUUAUCUAUAAUGCUCAUUUAAUGCAACAAUUAUGAAAGAAAACUAUUUAUAAAUCACUACUUCUCGUGGAUUAUUGUUUUAGCCAGUGACCCCACAUUAAUCCCUUUGCAUCCCCAUUUGAGGUUGCCUCCCAUAAACUUGAAACCGGUGCAUUACUACCAUUUUUUUACCUCCAUUGCUUUAUGAAAAGCAAUAUUUCAAUAUUUAAUGGUACAUUAAGAACUAAUUUUAUCCACAAAAAUAUUGUUCGAGUAAAAUUAAUGAAACGAAAACUGUAUUGUAUUAAAGUCUGAUCUUAUAGUUUUUAUUUAAUUUUUCCUGCGACGUGUUCAAAUAUUAUAAUUGCAAUGUUUCCUUUUUGAGAUUCUUUUUAUUGUACCAUUUUGUUUUACUAUUUACCAGCUGUCAAAUGAGUAAACUCAUCUUAUACCUACAUUGAAAAUAAAUAUUGCAAUAAGCUUAAGUUUAUUCAUAUCUAUUUUUUUUAUUAAAGUCUGAUUUUAAUUUAAACCAGAACGCAUGAAACCAGCUCAAAUUUCAAAUUAAAUUAAAAGCCACAUUAGAAGAUGAAUAGCUGUUAUUUUAAAUUUAACUAAUAAUUAUUGUAAUUUCAUGAAAAGUUAAUAUGGGUAAAACUUUUAUUAUUAUUAUUUGUAAAAAAGAAAAUGAAAUAACUUUAAAAAUAGAAAAUAAAUGCCUAUUAAUGUUAUUUAAUUUAUCUCCUUCAUUUAAUUAUUUAGCUAAUUUUUAAAAUACUUCUUUUAGAGAUGAGUGGUACAGGGGGGGGGGGGGGGGGCUUAAAUUCUAAUCAAAGGAUACUGGCGGAUAACGACAUUGUGGAGACCAAUGCCUUUGUAACUUGAUCAUUCUAAAAUGCACAUAUAUUAAACUACCUUUAUAAUAUUUCUUUUUUUUUUUUGUUUUAUUUUGUCAAAAUUUUACAUAUUGAGACAUAUACAUAUAUAAAUGCAUGUAUUAACAUUUCUAAUUUCCAUUUUAUGUGAAACAAAUUCCAUGUUACCAGUUAUAAGAAACGUGUGCUUGUAGAUAUUAUGUGAUGAAUUUGAAACUAGAUAGAUACGAGACUUGUAAAUUUGGUAAAGUAUGCAAACUCAUUAAGUGUUGAGCUUUUUUUCUCUAAGCGGUUGUAUCCAACUUUUUUUAAUAAGCAUAUUAUUAGUUAGUUAUCCAUUAUCAGGGAAAAGCAGGUGAAAAUGAAGCAACUAGUAGCUAGUAACUAAACUGUGAACUAACCUUCACCUU